CAAAAAUGGAUUGAGAAAAGCAAUGAAUUGAAAGAAAAAGAAACCGAAGAAGAAAAAGAAUUAGCCAGCAAAAUCAGAGACAGUGUGGCGAAAAUUAACCAAAAAUUUGCCCAGGUUCGGCUACCUCGGAAUACUAAUUCUCAGCCAAAUAAAGGUUUGGGGGCUAAUACUUUACUUUUAAUCGGUGGGGGAAUAAUAUUAUUUCUAAUGGGAGGUCUAUCCAAAGGUUCCCCUGAUUCUGACCCGGUUGAGGAGGAAGUUGAAGAUAUAAAUCCGGAAGAAUUACCUCCCCAAAUAAAAGAGCAUCGAAAAAAAGAUUGA